AGAAGGGGAAGAGAAUGGGACGGGAUAGGUGGAAAAGCUUUUAAUAUGCCUUUCUCUAUGGGACACCUGUCUAUCUGUGUCUCCUCUUUCUUGCCUCCUUUUUCUCUUUUACUAUCUUUCUCUAACACCUGAUUGAUCUUCUUCCAAGCCUCUCUCCAUGCUCAGAAAGAAAAAGAAAUUGGAAAAAGAUUUUGAGCGAUCAUAUGUGCAGCUUUUUCUAAUGGUAAGCAGCUCAUAUCUGUUUAUUGAUUCUCAUACUUCUAAUUUGUUUUUUCAGUUCUUAGUUUUGCAAGAGAAAGAGAAAAAUCCAAGAAAAGAUACUGAGAGGACUAGAGGAAGGUAGAGCAGGUGGUUGAAUUGUUCCUUUUUCUUUCCUUUGUUUAUUAAUUGGAAGUGAUUUCAUUGAUAGAGAGAGGGGAAAGAGAAGAGAGAAAGAGAUUUUUUGUGUGUUUGUGAUUAAUUUUUCAAGUGGCUGAAAUGGGUUGCCUCAGAUCCAGGGAACCCAGGUGAUAUGUGUAAAGUGAUUCAUCUUUUUUAGGGUUCCCCUGUGAUUCUUGGGAGCUCGCCUUUCCUAGGUUCUUUCUCAUGACCCUUUUGCAUUCUCUUUAUUGUGCUUGAAGAUAAGUAGCUGAUUUUAGUUUCAUCUGAAUAUUGUCAACCAAUUCCUUUUUAUCUUGGGGUUGGUGUUAGGGUGAUUGGGUUUGUUGUUUCGUGGUCGAUAGGGAUUAAUGGAGAAGGUUCUUGAGAAAUCUAUCCUGACUCAGAAAUUUCCAUGAUCCAUUGUUCGUAGCCAGAUCUGAGCUCCUAUUUCCGUUGUUAUAUUCCAUAGAUCAUCCUUUAACUGUUGCUGGGUUCCUUUUAAUUUGCUUCUGGGGGGUGUUACUAUUUUUGUUUCCUGUUUCAAUUCCUUCAGACAUUUGACGGGUCAUUUAGUUUCUUAGGUAUGGAUGUCAAUCUGUUGAAACUUGAAAGCCUCGUUCUGAGAUCAUUCCAUAGUGUGGAAGGAGCUGAAUUAGUUGAAAAAUGAUAGGUUAUGUGAUUUUGGAGGGAUUUAAAGGUUACUGCUACGACUAUUACUCAGAUAGGGGAAUUGAUGGAGGAGAUGUCUCCGGCGGUUGCAGUGCCAUUUAGAUUAGGUAAUUCGAUUUGUGAUAGCUCGGCGAUAGCAACCCACAUGGAAAUCACUCGACUCAAGUUGAUAACUGACACGGCAAGCAUGUUGUCUGAUCCUGCAACAAAGGUACAUACUGAGUCUGUUUCUGCGACAGCUGAAGGUUGCCUUGGCAACAGUACAGGAAGUGACGGUGGUUCUGUAACUAUGUCAACGCCCAAAGGCGAAAAAAAGGAAGGUGAAGUUCCUUCGGUAGAGAUGACCACCGAACGUGAAACCAGUCGGGUCUCAAGUGAUGUAGUAAUUCAGGAAAGUGAGGAAGAUGAUUCGUUGUCUUUGGGGGGUGACCUGGUAGUAGAUUGUUCUUGUUCUCUCUCUCUAGGUAGUGAUAGUAGUUGCAUCAGAGGAGAAGAACUUCUAGUGUUUGAGACUGCAACUGAGUUAAGCACACCAAGGCCUAUGGACGUCGCCCCUGUUCAAAUUAUCAUGCAAGCUAAUGAUUUGGGGGAGCCAAAUGUUGACCAGGUGCCUGUUGGUGAUAUUCUUGCUGUACCAACAGCCCUAGAAGCACAGGUUGGAGAUGGAUCUGACACGAAAGCAGGAUCAGUGGUUCUUCAGAUGCCUCAAGAGAGGAGAAUCGGUGGAUCAGGAACCCGUAGUAUUUUUGAAUUGGAUUGCGUACCUCUUUGGGGAUUCACUUCUAUCUGUGGCAGGAGACCAGAGAUGGAAGAUGCUGUUGCUGCUAUACCUCGGUUUCUGAAGAUUCCCAUUUCAAUGCUAGUUGGUGAUCAUGUAUUGGAUGGCAUGAGCCAAAGUUUAUGUCACACGACAGCUCAUUUCUUUGGAGUCUAUGAUGGCCAUGGAGGAUUGCAGGUUGCUAACUAUUGUCGUGAUCGGAUUCAUUCGGCUUUGAUUGAGGAAAUAGCAACGGUGAAAGAAGGCUUGGUUGAUGCCAAUAUUAGGAAUAAUUGGCAAAUGCAAUGGGAAAGAGCUUUCAGUAAUUGCUUUCAGAAAGUUGAUGAUGAAGUUGGGGGAAGGGUUAGUAAGGGUGGUGUUGAAGGCCAGGAUGAUUCCACUGAGGCUAGUACUGAGCCUGUUGCCCCAGAAACUGUCGGUUCUACUGCUGUGGUUGCUGUAAUAUGUUCGUCCCACAUCAUUGUUGCAAACUGUGGGGAUUCAAGAGCAGUCCUUUGUCGUGGAAAAGAGGCUGUGGCAUUGUCUGUGGAUCAUAAACCGAAUAGAGAAGACGAAUUUGCAAGAAUCGAAUCAGCUGGGGGCAAAGUCAUACAGUGGAAUGGAUACCGUGUGUUUGGUGUUCUGGCAAUGUCUAGGUCCAUUGGUGAUAGAUAUUUGAAGCCAUGGAUCAUUCCGGAACCAGAGGUUAAGUUUGUUCCUCGAGUGAAGGAAGAUGAAUGCCUUAUUCUAGCCAGUGAUGGAUUAUGGGAUGUUAUGACAAAUGAGGAAGUUUGUGAAGUGGCUAGAAGACGCAUCCUCCUUUGGCACAAAAAGAAUGGUGUGACACCUCCUGUAGAAAGGGGUGACGGAGUUGACCCUGCUGCACAAGCAGCAGCAGAGUGCCUGUCGAAGCUUGCCCUUCAGAAGGGAAGCAAGGAUAACAUCACCAUUGUGGUGGUGGACUUGAAAGCUCAGAGGAAGUUCAAGAGCAAAUCCUGAUGGUAAACUUACGGAUAUGCACUUCGACUAAAACAAAAGAAGGAAGUCUAACCCUGUCGUCUUCAACCUCUGAUUUUGAGAACUUACCAGUAAUGGGUUCAGCAGCAGGGCCUGGAAGACUUUAGAACUGAGCUCAGCCUCCGCCUCAUAGUCAGAGUUCAACGUUAAUUUCAAUGGCUUCUCUUUCCUACGCCAACGUCGAUUGCAGCUUGAGGGCCUUGGCCGAACGGACCGAGGGUUUCAGCCGUUUCUCCGUCGGUGGCCUUGAUGGACCACUCCCCUGUAUUGCUUGUCUAUAGAGAUUGUUCAUACAAGGGUCUAUGGAUUGGCUAAUUUAACCAUCUGGCCACUACAAUUAGCGAUUUUAUAUGAUGAAAUUGCUGUGGAAGCAUCGUCUAUCUGCUUCAUGUGCAUUUAUAUGCAAAAUAUAGAGAUUAAAAUUUAUGUCUUUAAAUUUGGUUUUCAAUGUUUCCAGGUUGGCUUCCAUUCGUUCUGAAUCAAGAAAUGUAGAGUUUCUUUUUAGUGAAAUUGUUAAGAAGUUGUGAGUUUUUUUUUGUA